CCUAAGCAGUAGCGAAUCUCUUUCCUUUGUUAAACUUGAAAUUUUAAAAUUCCAAACCUUAUCCUUGCAAUCAGUGAGUUCUGUGUGGAUUGUGUUAUGUAACUGGUUAAGUUUGUCGACGCACAGGCACGUAUUUUUACUAUUCAUGGGUUAGAGCGUUUUAAAGUCUCUAAGAGUCGCGUGCUUGCGUUAAGGAAGAAAUAAAGUGUCAUUUGAGGCACCUGCAGGCAUGUUCAAGAAUUCGGAGAGGCUGCUAUAGUAUGGGGGACGCCACGUUGUAAAUUCUCUCUCCGAGAGGAAACAGAAUAUAAGUUGUAGACAUUCUUGAAAAUAAUUAUAAAGGAUGAGCAGAACAUUUAAAUGUAGUUUUCUUUCCACCUUCACGAAACCUAGUAGUUCCAAAUGUUAGGAUAACCCCGGACUUGUAUGGCAUCAUCACAUCCCGAACUUUUGUGGGUAUUGAUAGCCACUGGAAUAUCCUGUAGUCUUCUGGCCGUCUCUAUUGGCUCGAAUGACGUGGCAAACGCCUUUUCGACGUCGAUUGGGAGCGGGACCCUGAACCUUCGGUCGGCAAUUUGUAUUGCUUUCGUUUUUGAGAUUCUAGGCUCGAUUUUCCUCGGCGGAACAGUUUCUGAUGCAAUCAGAACAAAAAUUUUAAACUUUUCUGCCUUCUCAGAUGCGCCUAGGGAUUUGGCGCUGGGAAUGUUGUCCUCCUCCCUUGGCUCGUUUAUUUUCCUGGCCGUUGCAUCUCUGUUUGGAAUUCCAGUCUCGACGACGCACAGUCUCUUAGGAGCUCUUGCUGGUUUUGGAGUGGCUUCAGGCCGUUUUUCAGGAGUGCGCUGGAUUGAACUGCUGUACAUUGUCAUCUCGUGGUUUAUAGUGCCCAUGUUGUCGGUGUUCGUGAGCGCGACCUUUUACAUCAUAAUCCAGGAGUUAAUUCUUAAGCGCAGAGAUUCGUUCAAGGUCAUGAUGAACUUUCACUGGAUAUUCAACAUCAUCUUUUCGGUUCCGCUCUCGAUAUUCAUCGCAUACGAAAACUCAGUCCUCAGAUCAAACAUGGGAUCAUCUGCAGACUCCUAUCGCGUGUGGUUCGCCAGGUCAAACUGGAACAAGUUUUUAUCGGUUUUAAUAGUGCUGUCAAUUUUGUCCACAGCUUCUACAAUUGUUUCAUACACGGUUUUACAUUUUAGAAUUAAGGGCAACUGGUCCUAUAUAGAAUCAUUACACAAUAUUGACCCUACCAUCACAAGGUCAAAUAAAAAAAAGAGCCGAAAAUUUAGGCUAAAAAAACAUAGAUUUAACCAAAAAUCGGAAGAUAAAGAGCAUUCAGAUCCAGGGCAGGAGGACAAUAAGGAGUCCUGUUCACCGGAUGUUGAAAACCCUGAUGAAUCUUGUCAAGAUCCCGAAAAUAAGGAUGACAAGAAUUCAACUUCCAGAAAUUUACCCUCAACUGCAUUUUCUAAAAAUUAUAAAGAAGGCGAGCCGCCUGAAGAUGCGAAAAACGCAAAAAAUCGAGGAAGAUUGAAACCGGACGGAGGCAGUUCAGCGGAUUCAAGCCCAGAUGAUUACUCACUAGACAACGCAAUGACUCAGACAGACUCGAGCAUAAACCGCUUUUUGACAGGGAUAAAAAGCGCCUUCGUGACCUCAAUUAACAAGAGCAGAAGCUUCACAAAUUCGAAUAUGCACCUAGACUACCGAGAGCAAACGUCAAACAAUAGCAUUAAAUCAAACUCUAGCGGGCAUAACGGAUCUGGAAACAGCGUAACUAAGUCUCUUUCAAACAGUUCUAAAUUGUCAAAUAACCGCAAGGCCAUUGGAAAGUACAAGAAGGUUGUUGUCCCAACUGAGAUCAAGAAGAGUAAGAAACACAUGACGCAGACCGUGUUUUCAGCAAUUCAAAUCGUCGGUGCGUCCAUAGCAAUCAUUUCACAGUCCUCAAAUGACACUGCAAACGCAGUCUCGACCUUCGCCACAAUGUACUUUCUGUACUAUGACGGCAUCGACGAGGAGGUAAAGACCACGCCCUGGUACAUUCUCAUGAUUGGCGGCAUUCUCAUGGGGUUUGGUCUCGCCUUUUUCGGUUACAGAGUCAUUAAAACCGUCGGACUAAACAUUACACGCGUUACACCCUCAAGAGGUUACACUAUCGACUGCUCGUCUGGAACAAUUGUUCUCAUCCUGUCCCAGCUCGGAGUCCCAAUCAGCUCCACCCACGUCGCAGUCUCUUCAAUUCUCGGCGUUGGCAUGGUGCAGCACCUGCCGGCCUAUAAUAAACAGUACUCACUCAUCUACAUUGACGAAAAGAACCAGGAACUUGACCCUUCCAACGAUCCUCCCGCCAAUGAUAUGGAGGAAACAACUGGAGAACAAAACUUGGAUUCCGCCAAUGCGGAGUCUCACGUCAGCACACCUCAAGGUAGUAACCAGCAUUGUGAAAGUCCUGUGAGCGCUGACAACACUUCGAGUGUCCUGAGCUUAUACGGAGCCGAGAAGAAGAGCCUGCUGGCUUUCUUCCACAGCAUCUUCUCCAGAAUCACCUCUAGGCACGUCAACUUCGGGCUGUACAGGAAGAUUUUCGUCACUUGGAUCGUCACGAUUUUUUCCACCGGAUUCCUCAGUGCCAUCAUCUUCUUGCUCCUGAAACUUUUUUAUAAGUUUUCAUAACUCAAUGUAUUAUAUUCACG